GUACUGACUACUGACAACUGAAAGCUUACUCCAACAAAAUCCCUACUUCUUCUUUUUCCCCAAUUUAAUUUUCCCUCCAAAAAUAUUAUUAUUAACCCGCGAAAGAUUUCUCUAUCCCCGAACCCUAACCGAUUUCCUUUCUGAUGAAUUGAGAGAUGGCUCGGCUUGGAGACGAUUCAGAGAAAACCCAGCCGGUUCAAUCCGAAUCCGACACUGAUUUCAGUGAUGCCGAGACUGUGGAUUUCGAUGCUGAGCUUCCGACUCAUGAAUUACCUGGCGAUGAAUUGAAUGAUGAUGAUAUUGAAUUGGAAUAUGAUGGGCUGCAGUAUUUCCAAGAUACUGUGCCCGUGGAUGAUAAUGCCUUCCCGUAUGAGGAUGCAUUUGACACACAAAAGUUGGAUCUUGAUGGCGAGACCCAAGUGAUGGAUGUUUGCGAUGGUACACAAGAAGUGAAUCUUUACGGUGAUACUCAAGUGGUAGAUGAUUGUGAUGGUGAAAUUCUCCUCCUGGGUGAAGAUGGUGAGGAAAUCCAUGAAACUGAGGUCUUGGGUGGGACUCAGGAGCUAUCUGAUGAUGACUCAAAGAGAAAUGGUGGUGCAAAUCCCGAAGUACUAUUGGGUUCGCUAAGCAAUGAAGGGCAUAGCUCAGGGUCUACCAUUCGAGGCUUCACUUCAAUUCGUGUGGCAUCUCUCAGACAAUCUGGGUUGGCUGCUCGCCAAAAUGGAAUGCUUUGUCGCAGAGACUCAACCAAGGCUGGGAACGAUGCCAAUCAGAAAAAUGAUCCAGAGCAGAAUGAUCCACAAGUCAAGGAAUUUGGGAAUGCAUACAAGUUGGGUGGAUCGGCAGUCAGAAAGCUCUUUAAGGAUGAUGUGGCUCCUGAGUGCCGGCAAGGAAAUGAUGCCACAGAGACUAUUGAUGGGACUGGAGGUGAUUCCCUGUUUGCAUUCCGACAGGAAGCCGGCUUAAGUUAUAUAAGUUCACAAGAACCUGGAGACCUAUCUCAAGCCGAUGCAUUGGACUUCGUCGACAAAUUUCUUAAACUUAAUGCCAUUGAGAGUAGUGAAGAAGUCACUCGGACAAAAACAUUUGGAGAAAAAUCAAAACCUGUCUCUGUUGCAAAAGGAACUAAAAGUUUGGCAAAAAAAGCAUCUGCUAACAAUGUUGAAAGAGAAAGUAAAAUUUUUAAGUGGGAUGAUGAUGUCGAAGAUGAAGGUGGGGGAGAGUUUUUCCAAAAGAAAAAGGAUUUGUUCUUUGAUAGUGGUGCUCGGAGGAGGAGAACUGUUGCCCAAUGUAGGAAACGACCCUGUCUUGACUCAAAACAUAGCUUGACAUCACAACCAAUUGGGGAGAAGAAGAUAAUAUGCUGCAAUGGAAAGCUUAAAGAUGCUAGCUUUUCUGAUUCAAAGCUGUUGUCGAAAAACAGCAGAGCAACUAUUGAAGUGCUAGAGCCAAAAGAGCCUAGCUUUAAGAGGAACCUUCUCAAUGAGUUGAAUGAAGAGAUGGAUACUACUGGGGAUAGGCUAGUCGAUGUUGGUACUGGAGAAGGUUUGCCAAAUAAUCAGGACGUGGGUAUUGAUACCCAAAUGGCUGCUGAUGCUAUGGAAACCCUGCACUUCGCAGAGCAUAUCGGAAAUGUGAGGAACAUUUCUGAAAGAAAUAAAGUGGAUGAGUUUCAAAGUUUAGACAGAAGCUCUAAGAAGAAAAGAGCUCGUCCUUCUAAUGUGAAUGUUGUGACUAGACGAUCAAAAAGAGGAAAAGGAACAGAUGAAUCAAGUAGAGGAUCACCUCUGUCAUCAUUGAACCAAUCUAAGCAUGGAAGUAAGCAAUCAGGUGCAGAGCUUUCUAACCGAGAACCAAGGGGCAAUUGUGAAAAAUUGAGUCCUGUACCCCAGUUUGUCAGGCAAACAAAGAAAGACGGCAUUCCAGUUUCAUGUGACCAGAGCGGUGAGACUCAUGCAACUAUAUCAUCUCGUAAGAAGUCCUUGAGGGCAAAUUCUUUGCAGGAGGAACUUGGUAGUUUUACGCCUGUUUCUCACCGAACUAGGGGUUCAAUUAAAGUAAGCCGGUCAAAAGUUGAAAACAGCCAAAGCAGUUCUAUUGUGGGCUCUGAGGUUGGUGGACUUGUUCAACCAGAUACAUUUUCUCGAGGGAAAAGGACCCAAUCAAAAUUGUCAGUGGCCAAUGCUGAGAAGAAUUCUAGUUCCAAAAGGUCGAAAAUUGAUUCAACGAGCUAUUCUGUGGAUCUAGUUCAAUGCCAGAAGGAACAGCCAUCUGAAUGCGGAGAUGGAAAGAUCGUUGAAAAAACUGUUGAUAAUGGCAAGUCUCUUGAUGUGAAUGGUUCUCGUAUUAACGGCAGUAUGGUUAAAGGACGGAGAUCCAGACACUCUGGUGCAAAGAGAGAUGUGGCUAAUACGAUAUCUGCUGAUGUUGGGAAAGUGAGUUUGAGUGAAAAAGCAUCCCCAACCAAGAGAUUGAAACAGUCUGCUUCAGCUAAUACUACUCCUACUGGUUCUAGGACACCAAGAAGUAAUGCAUCACCAAUCUGUAUGGGUGACGAAUAUCAUAAACAAUCAUGCAGGAAGAAUCUAUUAAGGUCAUCUCUCAUGAAAGAACUCGAUAGCAUAAAAACUACAGAUUGUCAUGAAUUUACUGGCGCAAUGAAACACUCCCGGAAACGGAGGGACAUUACUAAUGUACGAGCACUGUUCAGCCGCCACCUGGAUCCAGAUGUAAUGACUCAUCAGAAGAAGAUUUUGGCUAAGCUUGGAGCUUCUGUAGCAUCAUCAAUGUCAGAUGCCACUCAUUUUAUAACAGAUGCAUUUGUCCGUACGAGGAAUAUGUUAGAAGCUAUUGCUUAUGGAAAGCCUGUUGUGACACAAUUAUGGCUAGAAAGUUGUGGACAAGCUAAUUGCUUCAUUGAUGAAAAAAAUCACAUCUUGAGGGAUGCAAAAAAAGAAAGGGAGUUUGGCUUUAGUAUGCCAGUUUCAUUGGCUCGGGCCCAACAGCACCCCCUGUUGCAGGGACGGAGAGUUUUCAUGACCCCGAACACAAAGCCUGGUAAAGAAAUUUUAGCGGGCUUAGUCAAGGCUGUUCAUGGUUUGGCCGUGGAGAGACUUGGAAGAUCUGCACUGAAAGAUGAAAAACUGCCCGAUGACAUUCUGAUUCUUUCUUGUGAAGAAGACUAUGGAAUUUGUGUGCCGUUCCUUGAAAAAGGUGCAGCGGUCUACAGUUCCGAACUAUUACUGAAUGGAAUCGUUACGCAGAGACUGGAAUAUGAAAGGUUGGUAGUUGUUUUCUUCAUUGGAUCAUCUAACGGACGUUUCAUUAUUGAACCACUUGAAAUUUGAGCCUGAUUUUGUUCAUAUCUAAGUUGAAGAUUAUUUCCAGUUUCUAUUUGUAGAGAAGGAAAUGUGGAACCUGCUGUUGUUAUACCUCUUCUUCUGCAUAGUCUUGUGCUAUUCACUGUUGUCCUGAAUCUCCUGAUGGAACAUGUCCUUGUUCUGCAACUUUUAGCUUAGCAUUAGUAUUUGUAGAUAACAUUUUCUCCUGUUGGAACAAUUUUGCAGGCAUAGGCUGUUUAUGGAGAAUAUCAAGAAAACUCGUUCAACAUUAUGGUUGAAGAAAAAUGGUCAGCAGUAUACCCCUGUUUGUAGAAGUCGAUAAGGAGUUCUCCAUUUGUGUUGUUGCCCUUGUUAAAUACUAGCACAAUUUUCUUUUGUUGUAAAGAAACACCCCGUCCUUUUUCUAUAUGUAUAUAAAAGAUCUGUGUGCAUCACCAUUUGCACAAUCAAUUUGAGAAUGGAUUUUCCACUGACCAGUUUCUCUUGAAGAAUGAUUGAGCAUGGAAAAUAAAGUAGUACAAGGGAACAAAUCUACACAUGUAUUUUACAGAUGCAUUACCAAAUUUUGGUGAUUCAAAAAAGAAAAAGAAUCUUUUGGGAGUCUAAUACAUCCAGUUAUCCAGGAAGAACAAAAUUUACAUACAUUCCUGGAGUAUGCUUUGCUUAUGCUCCAACUACAUACAAUUGGAAUAAGUUCGUGAAUUUGGUCACACCAAUUGUGGUUGUGGUUGUGGUGGUGGCUGCGGCGGGUUUGAACUUUGGGUUAGUACUUCAGCUCUCCAUGAAAAGUAUCUCAUAUAAAGAGAGUUAAGACCCAUAGCCAGUCCAAAGGCUAAAACAGAAGAAAGUAAGAUAGAAUAGACUGCCGACAAGCGCACCUACAGAAGAGGAGGAAGUGUCAAGGAAACCUUGAAAAGGGCAGCUUCAGAUAUAGAAAAUUUUGCAAUCAAUCAAGUAAAAAAUGACGGGGAAGAAAAAUCCAACUUACUAAGGAAUAGAAAAAGUGAAGGAUAAUGGCGAGAAGGGCAAACUCGAGAGCAGCAUAUGUCCAUAUAUAUUCUCUGAUAGCUGCAUGGAAAUGAGGCAAUGCGUUAAAAAAAAAAAUUAAAAAAAAAAUGAGGCAAUGCAUUAGAUACAUUGUAUUCUUGUUAAAGAUGGACAGCAUCCCAGGAUGUCCUGACCUAGUAUCACAGCAAAUAUAGAUGACAAAAGGCCCAAUGUAAAAGAAAAAGGUGCUGCAAUUACAAGCGCCCGAGUUUUCAUGUCAUGAAUCUGCAGAAAAGGCAAAUGAUGUCAGGAUUAGUACUAGUUGUCAUAAAGAGGAAUGCGCUAUUUUUCUUGUUUCAUUGUGUUCACAACCUGUGCCUGUGGCACUAGUUGCAUUUCAGGGUUUCAGUGUUUCGGCGCAUGUAUACAGGUCUAAUACCAAACCUCUGCAAUCCCCAACCAAACUUUUAAGAUAACAGAAAGCAGCAAAAGGCAUAAUAAUGACAGUUUAAUUAUCUCAUACUAGGUUACAUUCAUGUACCCCCUUUUGUCCCAUAAAAACAUUCCACAUUGUAAAUUAUACUAAAAACUAUUUUUGUGGGACAGAGGGAGUAUAGAAAUGGAUUACUUACCAGCAAUUGCUCAAGGAAGAAGAAAUAGCAAAUUGUGCUAAUCAAGACAAGUACAACAAAAUCCUGCCAAGCACUGCAUUAUAUAAAAGUUGAUUUAGAUCAACGUAACAGACCAAUAGAAAUGAUGGCGAGAAAUAAAAAAUCUCAAGAGUAAAAAAUCAAAUCCAGAGAAAACUAGGGAGUGUAACUUUAGAAAUCAAGUACACGAAGUAAAUAUUCGGGGACUACGACAAUAUGCACCUUCACACAGAACAAUAAACCUCUGAUUACCUUAUAGCCUGUGCAUUUGAACUAUUAUGGCCAUCCAUCCUGUAAUUUCUCUGAGCAUCAGUUGGCAAGCGAAGCAAAGUUACAGGCAAAUUCUUUACUUCCAGUCCACAGACGUCACAGUUUUUACUUCCUUUCAUGCUAAACCAUUUGACCGCACACUCUUCAUGAAUAAGUCUCAGAGCACCUUUGCAGCUGCACUCCAUUUUGAGUGUAUUUCCUUCUUCACAUGGAUCAAAGCAGAUUCUGCAUAUUGCUUCCUCUUCAGGAAUCUCUUCAUCAUCAUCAACUGGGGCUGGAGUUAUUUGGUC